GAGAGAGAGUGUCUGAGAACAACAGCAACAACAACAACUGCUGUGAAUUGUAAUGAAGAUGUUUCUGUUAUUGCCCAUGUCAUUGGCUCAUCAUCUGAUCUCAUCUCAUCUGAUCUGAUCAACCCCUUCAAUAUCUCCCCAAGUGUUUGUUGUUGUGGGCGUUUUAAUUUUGGUUGGUCUCUCUCAAAUAGCACACAUUUUUCGCUAUCUAUUUGUUUUUUUUGUUUUUUUUUUUUUUUUUUUAUGGCACAAUUACCACCUAAGAUACCAAGCAUGACACAAAAUUGGCAUUCUUCAUCCCACCAAAGAAUGCCAAUAAUGGCAAACUUCAUUUCCGCCACCCAACAACAACAACAACAGCCGUCCUGGGUGGACGAGUUCCUCGACUUCUCAUCCUCCCGCCGCGGAGCACACCGCCGGUCCAUGAGCGAUUCAAUCGCCUUCCUCGAGGCGCCGGCCUUCAUCGAGGAAUGCCGGAACUCUACCACCACCGCGGUGAUGCACGGGACCAACGGCUUCGACCGCUUGGACGACGAGCAGCUCAUGUCAAUGUUCUCCGACGACGUCUCCGGCGUCCUUCCGCCUCCCACCGUAUCGUCUUCCAACCCGUCCACGCCGUCCGACCACAACAGCAUUGACGACGAGAAUAAGCCAUUAAUGGCUUUCGACCAGCAGCCCAAAAAUGAACCCGGAGAGGUGGAAAGCUCAUGCAAAUCUGACCCACAAGCGCCACCGCCCUCCUCCACCCCCACCGGAGACUCCGCCGUCGAUCCUAAGAGGGUUAAAAGAAUUCUGGCAAACAGGCAAUCGGCGCAAAGGUCAAGAGUGAGGAAGCUACAAUAUAUCUCAGAACUUGAACGGAGUGUGACAACAUUACAGACCGAAGUAUCAGCAUUGUCACCAAGGGUUGCAUUCUUGGACCACCAAAGGUUGAUUCUCAAUGUUGAUAAUAGCGCUCUCAAGCAACGGAUCGCUGCUUUGGCUCAAGAUAAAAUUUUCAAAGAUGCUCAUCAAGAGGCAUUGAAGAAGGAAAUAGAGAGAUUAAGGCAAAUCUAUCACCAACAAAAUCUCAAGAAGAUGAGCAGCAGCAGCAGCAACCAAAAUGCAUCAUCACAAGCACAGCAACACAUUAACCCAACAUCAUCUGAUCAUCCAUUGCGAUGUACGGACAAGGAGCAGCUUCUCAACUGAGCGAGAGGCUGUGGAUUCACGUGAUAUGUUCCCACUACGUGUAUGCUUAUGUGGGGCCCUUGACAAGCUUUGUGGGAUUGGGGAAAAAAAAAAAAAAAAAAAAAAACAUCUUGUUUUUUCCAGUAAUGUUUUGGGGAAUUUGGGGUUAAUUAGUUUUGAUUAUUUAUGUUUUUAUGACUACCAAUUCUUUUUAUUUUUAUUUUUAAGUCUAACUUUUUUAUUAAUUUUUUUGGGGGCAAAAGAUGGUGGGUUUUUUGUGCGGUGGGGUUGUAUUGGGAGACAAGAAAGAGGGUGUCGGGGUGAGGGGGUUGUUAAUGCCUGAUUGUUGUAUCUUUUUCUGUGGUUUUCUUUCCCCUUGUG